UUUUUCUUUCUUGUCUACUUCAAUUGUUUCAAUUGUGCUGCAAACAUGAUAUCCGUAACACCUUGCAUAAUCGGCGCCUGUUUUUUGGUGGCCUUGGCCUCGGCCGCUCCCUCGCCGUGGAUCAUCGGAGGCGAGCCAGCAACAGAGGGUGAAUUCCCGUCCAUCGUGUCCGUGCAGGUGGAUGUCUUCAUCAGCACCUUCAGACACAACUGCGGCGGAACAAUCAUCUCGGAACGGCACAUUUUGACCGCAGCCCAUUGUCUCACAGCUUGGACGGCCAAAACUGUGCGCGUGGUCGCUGGUUCCUUAAGGGCGGGCGUCAGCGAGGGCGAUAUUUACAAAGUGGCUGCGCUCACGAUCCACGAAGAAUACGACCAAAUAAAUGCGUGGAUAAACGACAUCGCCAUCAUCACUCUCGAAACGCCCAUCGUGUUGAAGCCAGGCAUCGUGGAAAUCGUCACUCUGCCUGCCGAGGGUCAGAGUCCAGAGGACGGCGCCGUCGCCGUGGUGGCCGGGUGGGGAGACACUCAAGCGCGCUCAGACGAUUUGCUGCGGGUCGAAAUCAAUAUCGUCAACCAGAGAGAGUGCCAGGACAUUUACUAUGGCAUCGGAUACCCUGUCUACCCUGGACAGAUAUGCGCUGGCGUUCCUCAGGGAAAUAUGGGCUCUUGCCAAGGUGACAGUGGCGGCCCCCUAUAUGUGAAUGGCAUUCAACACGGACUUGUUUCUUGGGCACUGGGAUGUGCCGAUCCAGGCUAUCCUACAGUCUUUACCCGAAUUAAUUAUUACAUCAGUUGGAUUCAACAGCACAUGCAGUAAAAAUGUGAUUUUAAAUGAAUUAAAGGAGGAAAAGUAUAA